AUUUCAAUUUACUAACAAUAACUCCAGGGGUCAACCCUUAGCAAAUAUGCGCGAGGUCCCCGGUUCGAUCCCGGGUUCGGGCCUAAUCUUUUUUGCUUUUUUUGGAUUUGUACUCGGGCGACCUAUCACAGAGGGCGCUAUUAUUCCAUAUAUGGUUCUCGUUUUAGAGGCAUUCCAAAGAUGUAUGAGUCAAGUCAGACUCAUCCGUUCCUUUGUAUCAAUCAUCAACAACUAAUGUACUGCUGGGCCAUGCUGCGUCCUUUCUUUCCAGCUUAUACCCCUUUCGACGUCGCCCGGGGUGUAUACCCCU